CAUACCACCAUCAACUUCAUCUGGGAUUUCGCACUGUCAAAACUCUACACCAACGCACUGUUUUCGACACUCAACGCACGGCGUGCAGGUCGAAGUUCCCCCGACGAUGUCGAUUCGCACAAUGUAUUGUUCGGCACAAGCUUUACAUCUAGUACAGGAGAUGGGGAAAUUGAGCUUCGCAGAAGAGAACCGAUGCACCUCACCAAUCCGGAGAUGUCAUUCGCAGGAUCAAGUCAAUCUGGUGCUUUAGAGCUCGAUGAGGUAGCCUCUCCAAGUCCUGGUCAGCGCCGGCACGGAGCAUCAACCCAAUUGUCUCAAUCUCAUCAUCUAUCAUUUGCCGCUCAAGUCGGGAUACCAUCAGACGGUGGAGCCGAUAUGGGGACGAGGGUGCUUUCGGGAGACCCGCAUUCCCGUACUUUCCGACCCUCAGCGCUUCAGCCUGCGAAAGAUCCUGAUUGA